GUUAUUGUUGUUUUGAUAAUACUUGUGUACAAAAUAUAAAGUUAUUUGUUAUUUAUUCUGUAGUUACCAUCCCAGUUAUGCUUCUGAUGUUAGUGUUGGUAGCAGCAGGAGUCGCUGCUGCCUUAUGCUUCUUCGUGAGAAACCGUUUACACUAUUGGAAAGAUUUAAAUGUAGACCAGCCGGAUAUCAAAUAUAUAUUUAAAAACAUUUAUAUUUUGUUGUCCAAGACGACUAGUAUUGCCGAAAUGUCUGUGAUAGGAUACAAAAUGUUUCCCAAAUCCAGGUAUGUUGGAGCCUAUCAAUUUUUUAAACCAAUGUUGGCAAUUCAUGACCCCGAACUUAUAAAAGAUGUUACUGUCAAAAAUUUUGAUCACUUUAUGGAUCAUACUAAUCAAAUGUCUGAAAACUCCGACCCACUUUGGACAAAAAAUUUGGUAGCGCUUAGAGGCCAACAAUGGCGCGACAUGAGGUCUGUUCUCAGUCCUUCCUUUACGAGCAGUAAAAUGAGAAUUAUGUUUGCACUAAUGAGAGAAUGUGCCCAAAACUUUUCGAAGCAUUUCCAGAACAAGAACCAGGACAUUGUGGAACUCGAAUUUAAAGAAACUUUUACGAGAUUUACAAACGAUGUAAUAGCUACAACUGCGUUUGGUAUUAAGGUCGAUUCUUUAGAGAAUCCUGAUAAUGAAUUUUACUUGAUGGGAAGGGAAGUCACGAAUUUUACUGGCGGUUUAAAGAUGCUGAAGUUUUUUAUUGCUGCAGCUUUUCCAAGACUGGCAAACUUUUUGAAAUUAUCAUUCUUUGAUAAAAAAACAACAAAUUUCUUUACCAAUUUAAUUGACAAAACGAUAAAAAUGCGAGAAGAAAAAGGAAUUGUUCGUCUUGAUAUGAUACACUUACUAAUAGAAGCUAAAAAAGGAGUACAUGUUAAAGAGGAUCACACUGUGGAUGAAGGAUUUGCUAUGGCAAAAGAAGCCGAAAAUAUAUCAGGAAAAGCUGUUUCAAAAGAAAUCACCAACCUGGACAUUACAGCGCAAGCGUUAAUUUUCUUUUUAGGCGGAUUCGAAACUGUAGCCUCAACAAUGUGUUUUGUUGGUUAUGAACUAGCUGCCAAUCAAGAUUACCAGAAGAAGCUAAGGGAGGAAAUUAUGGAAACUUUGGAUCAAUGCCACGGAGAAUUGUCUUACGAAGCUUUAUUAAAAAUGAAGUAUAUGGAUAUGUUUGUGUCAGAAUCUUUGAGAAAAUGGCCUGUUGCUAUAGUAACCGAGCGACAAUGCACCAAAGAUUACAUCAUUAAACCAGAACGACCAGAAGAAGCACCAAUUACUAUCAAAAAAGGAAUGUCAAUAUUAAUGCCAGUAUAUCCUAUCCAUAGAGACUCCAAAUACUAUCCAGAUCCAGAUAAAUUUGACCCUGAGAGGUUUAGUGACGAAAACAAAAGUAAAAUCAACCCUUACACUUACCUACCGUUUGGACUAGGCCCAAGAAACUGUAUAGCCUCUAGAUUUGCUUUAUUGGAAAUCAAGGUGGUAUUUUUUUAUUUGCUUAAAGAUUUUGAAAUCAUUCCUGUAGAAAAAUCGCAAAUUCCUCUGGUAAUUUCAAAAGAAAACUUCAACCUCACGUCUGAAGGAGGAUUUUGGUUUGGACUGAAACGUAUAUAAGUUUUAUUUUGUAAUAUUUUCCUAGAUUAGAAUAAGGUGGAUAAAUAUUUUGUAUUAUUUUUUUAAAUAAUAAAUGUUUACUGUGAUUUAUAUAUGA